AUGACAGAGGUGCUCGCCGAGCCUGCUUCCACGGCGAGCCAACUGUCGGACGCUGUCGUGGAACAGAUCGUUCCUGUAGCCAGCGAUUUGGCAAAUACUAGUCAGACGCAGGACUCGCCUUCUACAGGGCCCAGUCCUUCUGCAAGUGAUCAGUAUUCACCAGCUGCUGUGCCGCCCAGCAGCGCAGAGACAGCGAAAGACCCAUUCACUUUGUUCCGCAAUGCCGCCCUGACCUUCUCCAAACUGCCUGCUAUCUACCAGAGACAUCGCCCUGGAUCUCCAAAUGUGGUGGCGCACCAGGUGCCUGACUGGCGCAUGGUCAAGGCCAACCGGCACCAACCGCCGCACCGGCAGAUCUGGGAGAAGACAGACUUGACCCACGACCGCUCCUCGCCCAAGACAUCCAAGGUUAACAAGGCCAAGGGCCACAGCUCUGGGCGGACCUACACCUCCAAGUACCGCGGCGUGCACCAGACCUUCCCCACAAGGCGCUGGGAGGCCCAGUUCCGGCGGAAUGGGAAGCCCACGUCGCUGGGCUGCUUUGAUGAGGAGGAGCAGGCGGCCAGGGCGUAUGACAAGAUGAUGCUGUGGUGUGAGCUGCACAACACCAGCGGCCUGAAGGGCGGCGGCAUCACCAACUUUGACCCCACCGAAUAUGAGAAAGACCUCGUGUGGCUCAACAGCAUCUCCCAGGAGGAGCUGGUGCAGGCGAGCAGGAGCGAGGGGCGGCGGCAGACGGCGCACGGCAAGGCACAGCGCGUGAUCACGCCGGAGGCACGCCGCGAGCGCCUGCGCAUGCAGACGCGCCGCCGCAACCGCAACCGGCGCUACUCGCCUGAUGAUGACGAGGACGACAGCAUGGAUGAGGACGAGUACUGA